AUGUUUUUAUCAACUUCUAAUCCCUAUGUCAAUUUACUGCAACAAGAAAAUAUGUUUUUGAAAGUUGAUACUUGGAAAAGUCUAAUUUUGAUUCAUGUUUUGUUUAAUGCUUCUGCAAAUGCUCAAUCAUCCUGUGAUCGAGUAUCAUUCGUCGAUCGAAAAGGAUGGAAUGCACGAGACCCAACUUCAAUAACAAAUUUAACAGGAAAACCUCUUUCAUUUUAUGUUAUUCAUCAUACUUAUCAACCUCCAAAUUGUUAUGAUGAUGAUGAAUGUAUUCAACGAGUGCAAGCUAUUCAAGAUUUACAUCAAAAUAGUCAAGAAUGGGUAGAUAUUGGUUAUCAUUUUCUAGUUGGUGAAAAUGGAAAAGUUUAUGAAGGAAGAGGAUGGAAUCGUCAAGCUGCUCAUUCACCAGGAUGGAAUAAUGAUGCAUAUGAUGUAUCAUCAUCGAAAAUGACCUAUGAUCUGAAUGAAAAAAAUCCUCUAUUCUUGUUACAGCCAGUUUUCGACGAUGACUCACCAACUCUAUAUAUUUAUCUAUUUCUAAUAUUGAUCUUUUCUUUUCAAAGUAUUUGUAUCAUCGAUGAUUUCAAAACAUCAUCUCCAAAUGAAAAAGCAUUAGAAGCAACACGUUUAUGGAUUGAUUGUGGUAUUGAACGAGUUCAUGUAACGGAAGCUUAUUAUAUUAUUACUCAUCGACAAUUAUAA